AUGGCCAAGGUCAGGCCUUUCAAGAAUCUCACCAAGGCGAUCGAGAUGUCGCGGCAGAUAUGGUGGAAUCAGGUGGAUGUUCCUGGAUGGCUAGAAGCUUUUAGAGCUCAUCUAAGGAUUGGAGUGCUCAGCAGCAAGUCCACAAUAGACUGGUGUGCCGAGGAGCAAGCUACAGCAUUGAGCAGUGCAAAUGAUCGAGCACUCAAGGAUCUAGCCGAGUGGAAUCAGCUCUACGAAUCAAAAAAAUUUGGCUUCGUGUUCCUUGUUUGUGCAACUGGAAAGAGUAGCUCAGAAAUUUUGCAGUUUCUCAAGGGACAAAUCACAAAUAGACUCUUGGUUGAGCUCCAAGUUGCUGCAAACGAACAACAAAAGAUCACAAAACUACAGUUGUCAAAGCUCGUCUCACAGAACACUGCUCCUAGCGGUGACAAGAACACUUCCAACACACAACAACAAAGUGGCAGGGAGAUAGAUUAUGCAUGGCCCUGGAAGGGGAAGCACAAUGACUUUUUAUGGCCCAUCGGAGUGGAGUUGAAGAGGAAUCUUGGGUGGAGGCAAUUCAACGUGGCUGCUGCCUCUUCCAGCUUGGACAGCCUGCUGAACGUGCCUUCCUCACGAUGA